GGCGGCCGCGCCGACAUGGAGCCGGAGCCGGAGCGCAGGUUCCGCGGGCGCCGCGCGCUGGUGACCGGGGCGGGCCGGGGCAUCGGGCGGGCGGCGGCGGCGGCGCUGCGGCGGGCCGGGGCCGAGGUGGUGGCGCUGAGCCGGAGCGCGGCGGACCUGGAGAGCCUGGCGCGGGAGUGCCCCGGCCUGGAGCCGCUGUGCGUGGACCUGGCCGACUGGGACGCGACGGCGGCGGCGCUGGCCCGCGCGGGGCCCGUGGACCUGCUGGUGAACAACGCGGCCGUGGCGCUCCUCCAGCCCUUCCUGGACGUCACCCGCGACGCCUUCGACAGGUCAUUUGACGUGAACCUGCGCGCCGCGCUCCAAGUGUCCCAGAUCGUGGCCCGGCAGCUGAUCGCACGGGGGGCGCCUGGAGCCAUUGUGAACGUCUCCAGCCAGGCCUCGCAGCGGGCUCUGCAGGGCCACACCGUCUACUGCUGUACGAAGAGUGCCCUGGACAUGCUGACCAAGAUGAUGGCGCUGGAGCUGGGGCCGCACAAGAUCCGCGUCAACGCCGUGAACCCCACCGUGGUGAUGACCGACAUGGGCCGCGUCAACUGGUCGGAGCCCCAGAAGGCUGGUGCCAUGCUCAGCCGCAUCCCACUGGGGAGGUUUGCAGAGGUCGACGAGGUGGUGAACAGCAUCCUCUUCCUGCUGAGCGACCAGAGCGCCAUGACUACAGGCGCCCUCCUGCCCGUGGACGGGGGGUUCCUCGCCUCCUAGGCCAGGUGCUGCUGGCGCCCCUGGGCCAGGCCCCUGCCCCACCCCCAGCUUUCACAGCGUAGGAGCACGAGCACGCGAGCCUCAGGAGAGAUGGGGUGGGCACCAGCAGGGCAGGGACCUGCAGGCUGAUGCCACAUCUGGCUUCUCCCCGCACGCGGGAACGAAGCAGCCGCACUCCUUCAUGGAGAAUGUUUAUUGUACCAAAUAAGGCGUCGUCUUGUCACUCUACAUGAUAAUCAGAAAUGGGACCCGUCCGCUCGCCCCCCCACCCCACCCCACUGCGCCCCACACCCUCCGCCGCGGGGACGGGGAGAUGCUCCCAGACUCGCUGCCUCCCGCUGGGCUUUGGAUAGGAAAGACAGAGGCUCCAACCUCAGCCCUGCCCUGCAGAGACUGGGUGGGCGCGGGAGGCAGGCCUUGUGGAGCACCCUGUGGCGCCCGUGCCCGGUGGAUGGUGCGGGGCUGUUUCGCUUAGUCCCGCUAGCGUGUAGCACCCAAUAAAGCACCUCAUAGCUCGUU